CCUGCGCGUUCCUCGACCACAACUCCUGCACUCCAGGCCUAAUUCACUCUUUCAUACCCUCCUUUUCACCCUCUAAUUUUUGGAAACAUACUACACCAUGGCAGUCCCCGAACACGAAUUCACUAAUCCCGAUACCGCGUCGUUGUGCGAGGCUACUGACAGUCUAAUACAACUAAUCAAAGCAAGGAAGAGCAACGGUCCGCGCAAUACCUCUGCAGAGACCAAACUUCGUCAACGCAUCGAUGACAUCCUGAAGAAAAAGCCCCUCGCCGAAUUGCUGGAACCCGUGCCCACAAAUCACCAGGGUGCCUACACUCCUUUACACCCUCGGAAGUGGGCUGUUGUCGUCCGCUCUCUCCGAACUUACAGCGCCCUCUCCGACCCCUCGCUCGUCUCUCGUUCACGCCGGGUGUGGCAGACCAUCGAGAAAUACUGGACGCAUGCUUGGGCUUGGGUCGACUAUCUUCACCAUCGUCCUAAUGUCGACUCGGUGCGGCUCGUUAUCCAUCUCUUUAUGUCUCUGUCCGAGAAUAUAGAGAACCGUCGCGCCGAGGUUGUCGACCUCUUACACGCGGAACCCAACAGCAUCGUCUUGCUCAUCGACGUUUGGUUCCGAAUCCCGGAGUACAUGUUCCAAAUCCGGGGAAAUCUAGCGCUCGUCCCGCUGGCCAAGGCCGUGGCUGCAGUAUAUUGCGAGUCCGACAGCGUUGAGAUACGGGCCAUCGUCGAACGCGAGUUGUCCCGUCGAGUGCAGGGCAGCGGCCACCGUCUCUUCCGGCACGUCGCGCGCCUCCUACGCAUCCUCUUGACGCUUUCGGACAAAGAAGAGGAUGGUGGCGUCCUCGCGUCACUGGAGCUGUCGUCCCAACUGCUGGUAGACCGCACGCACAGCUUGCAUCCCAGCGUCCUGCCGCGCGACAUGAUCAAUGUGUGCGUGGCUCUCGUCCGUCGGCACGCGGGGCAGCCGUACGAGGUCGUCGCUCAGGCUGCAUGCUUCUUCCUCGAGCAGGCGUGGACCCUCACGGCAGAUCUACGACCCAUCAUAUGGUCGCUACAAGAGGGCCUCCUCCCGAAUAUAUUGUGCAUGAAGCAGCCGAAGCUGAGGAAGGGCGACCCCAUGGUGCUGCUUAAACAGCUGCAACCCGCCUUGUCUCACAGGAGGGUCCUGAGGACGUUCUGGCAUGCGUAUCAGCGCGACAAGCUGUCCAUUGAGAAGGCACCAUGGCAUCCCAAGAUUCUGGACGACCUCAUCGAGCGCGCGGAGAAGCACUGGGCGAUCUUCGAGAAGCUGCAGAAGGAAUGGGACGCCACCACGACACAUUGCCAUAAUCCAGAUUGUCCCCUUCCAGCACUAGACAUCUACCAAUGCCCCUGUAAAACAGCGUACUACUGCUCAAGGGAGUGUCAGCGCCAGAACUGGAAGGACGACCACCGAACCAAGUGCCAUUUCUUCCGCUGGGACCUAAUCGAAGAGACCAAGGUGCCUCUCCCCCACCGUACGGUGCUUUCAUUGUCUCGACGACGUCUAUCCACUCAACGCCUUCUCAGCCCUUUACAACUCGCGGGACAUCGACUUCCUAACCCAGAUCAGCAAGGCCUUCAUGGACGACCACCUGAACGAGGUCUUCGAGGAAGCGAAGAAACUCGACCCGACCCUGAUGAAGACGUUCAACCUGACUGUGGGCUGGGGGCGCGGCGAGCCGAAGUACUGGGUUGGCGUCGCGCGGUAUUUUAUACAGCCGAAGAUGGUGGUCUUGCAGACGGGGCUGAAUAUGGGGAGCGAGUUCACGUUGGUGACGCUGCCGGGGGCGACGUUGGAAUUGAACGAUUCGGAGGAUGAGGUGGACGACGAGGAUGAGGAGGCCGAGGACGAGAAGGAGGACAGCGACGGCGACGACGAGGGCACGGAGGCUCAGUCCGACGAGAGCGCCGAGCUUGAAGCGACAGAUUGAUAGCAGGUUGCUUUGGCGGUGGUGAUGAGAGACCGAAGCCCUUCGGUGGCACACGCUGAGGGACACCGU